CGAGGCCGAUCCCAUUCCAGAGGGCGUUCACGGUCUAGUCCAUCCGCAGCCCUUCCAGGCCGGUGGCAGCUCACCUGGAGACUCACCUACGUUUACGCCGGCGCUCUUACUUGCUGAGAUACCCGGGUCUUCAUCACAGCCGAGUCAUAAUGCAUACAUGGAGGAGCGUGAUAACGUUGAUUGGGCGGCGUUACGCGCUUCAUUAGCUGAUGAGCGGCCUGUGAGGAAUUUAGAGGGAGCCCGGAUUCUUGACUUUGAUGAGUUUUUGAUCCCGGAUUCGGCGCCAGCGGGUCCAUCAGAGCCACCCACUCAGCCUGCCGAGGCAGAGGUGUCUUCUCAUGAGACUACCGAGGCGCAUGAUUCGGCGCCAGCGGGUCCAUCAGAGCCACCCACUCAGGCAUUUUCUCAUGGGUCUGCCGAGCCAGCAGUGUCUUCCCAUAUGACUACCGAGCCACAGGAUUCGGCGCCAGUGGGUCCACAAGAGCUGCCCAUUCCGGAGCAUUCUCAUCAGCCUGCCGAGGUAGAGGUGUCUUCUCAUGAGACUACCGAGGCGCAUGUAAGUUUUUUACUUAAACUAAUUUUAUUCAAUAUAAGGUAAAUGUUUAUUUAAUUUUUAUAACCUUUACUUGGACUUCGAACAACAUCUCGUCCAGGAGACUACCUCAUAUUCACCAUCACAUCCAUCUC